AUGCUUUUGGAUGAGGGUCCGGAAAGGGCGAUUAAAAGACUGAAGGAUACUAAUUUGAGGCAGGAAAAAACGAUUCAAGAUCUGAAGGAUGAAAAGUUGAGGCAGGAAGAAACGAUUAAAAAGCUGACGGAAGAUAAUUUGAGGCAGGAGAAAACGAUUCAAGAUCUGAAGGAUGAAAAAUUGAGGCAGGAAGAAACGAAUAAAAAGCUGACGGAAGAUAAUUUGAGGCAGGAAAAAUCGAUUCAAGAUCUAAAGGAUGAAAAUUUGAGGUGA